AUGAAAGACAGAGCAUUUGUUACAAAUAUCUGGCAUUUAUCUCUUGCAAUCCUCACAUUUAACUAUAUUCAUUACAGUUUUUGUCUAAAUAAAUCCAAAUUUGAAGCACAGGCGGACUUGUUCAAAGACAUAGCCUCCAAAUUGAAGGUUGCAAGUGAAUCGGUUCCUACCCAGUCACAAGUGGUUCGUACGCCUUUAAAAUACAUGCUCGUUAGUAUUGAUGAUGAAGCACUAAAGAAAAUCGAUGACAAAAUCAGAAAAGAAGAGUCUGAGGAUGCUAAGGAGCACGGAAGCUGCGGUGACAUUUCCUAUGAAAGAGAUUAUUCUUUCGAAUGCCCAUCUGGUAAAAUUAGUAAUAUAAUAAUUAAAUCAGGGUGGACUCUAACCGAUGACGGUACUUGCUGGUAUGAAGUAGAGGGGAUGAAUUACAAGGGCAACUGCGACUCAAGGCAAUCUUUCAAGUGGUUUUCAGUUGAUCAGAAAAGAGAUAUAGUUAGUUUAGUUAUUGAGAAUAAGUGUUGUGCAUUUUGGCCUAGGAAAUUGACUGCAAGGGAGGCUGUUUCCAGAGUUGGUAAAAUGGAACUUGUUCAUGGAAGCGUUCGUUUUUCUAAUUAA